CAGCUGUUGAGAGCGCAUCAACAGACCGAAAACACGAGCUGGUAGCAGCCGCAUACAUGCUGACACGGAGACACCCAGGCCUCCUGCAGUCUGCAGUCAGACUGUAGAGCCGAGGAAACCUGUGUGUUUCACAUAAAAAAGUAGGUAGACUAGCCUACUGUUAGAACGAUGACCAGCGGGGCUGAACAUGAGCGACCUACGGGACGAGGCUGAACUUUCCCGAUCCUUCACUCUGACUGACGGGGCAACAGCAGCGCUCAUACCGCUGCGGGCAUUGAGGUGGUUCCACCCGAAUAAACAGGGUGUUAACGCCACGUACGACGAUUUAGGCUAAGAGACAAAACAAAAGCCCUGUGUGGGGGUGCAGUGGAGCGGUAGCCGAGUCGUGGAAUUAUAAACCCAAUGUGAAACCAGCGAUGAUCAACUUGGUGGAAAGUUGGGAGCGGCGGCGCAUCAAAGGAAGUAUUUUCAACAAGGUGAUGUUUUUGGAGCACGCUACGGCAAAUUCCGAAUAGCAUCAAACGUCCUUAAGCGACGCCCAAAUUGUGCCCCGCAUACUAACCAAACUUUAUUAAAAUGAUAUGCGAAGUGGCCAUGGAAGAGCAAGAGAGGGAGAUAUCGGACAUAGACCCGCAGGAGUGCUCCACAGUGGUGGAGAACGGAGUCAUGCUGGUGGUCAAUCACAGCCGGAUCCAGCCUCCGUUCAGCGUCGUUCUGGCCACCGUGCUCUACUGCGCAGAGUUCGUCUCCGCCGCCGUGCUCUGCAGCAUGUACCACAAGACCGACGACGACAUCUGGAUGGGCUUCACCAUCGCCUUCAUGCUGCUGCCGGCCGUGCUCAUCCAAUUGGCGCUGACGUUCAUCCACAGAGACCUGGGUCGCGACCGACCCUUGGUUCUCUUCCUUCAUCUCCUGAUGCUCGGUCCUGUCAUUCGGUGUUUCGAGGCUCUGGUAGUCUUUUACAAGGCGGGUAAAAAGGAGGAGCCUUACGUCACCAUCUCCAGGAAGAUCAGUCUGAAGAAGGGACAGGGGAUGCCAAUGGAGUGGGAAAUUGGCCAAUCGGAGCGCAACCUGGCCACCCACAGAAACGCCUUCAAACGCACCGCGGUCAUCCAGGCUUUUCUAGGCUCUGCGCCUCAACUGACGCUCCAGCUCUAUGCCACCAUCCAGGAGAAAUACAUCCUCCCUGCAAGAUUGGCUCUGAUGAUCAUCACCUUGAUCUCCAUCACGUACGGGGCUCUUGUGUGCAGCGUUCUGGCCAUUCAGAUUAGAUACGACGACUACAAGGUGCGCUUGCGCCCCCUUGCCUACGUGUGCAUGAUCGUGUGGAGGGUGCUGGAGAUUGCAACCCGGAUCACCGCUCUGGUGCUCUUCAGCACGGCGCUCACACACUGGGUGAUCCUCGUCGGCAUGUCUAACCUGCUCUUCUUCUUCUUUCUCCCCUGGGUUGAGUUCUGGGCCAGGAAAGGCUCGCUGACUCAGGAUGUGGAGAAAAACUUCUCUAAGCUGGGCACCACAGUGGUGCUGUGCAUGUUUACGUUGCUCUACGCCUGCAUUAACAUCUUCUGCUGGUCGGCGGUGCAGUUGGACCUCUCGCAUCGAGAGCUCAUUGAGAGGAAGCAGCGCUGGGGCCGCCUGGCCAUGUACUACGGCGGACGCUUUGUUGAGAACUUCCUCCUCAUCACGCUCUGGUACUUCUUCAAGUCGGACUUCUACGAGUACGUUUGUGCGCCGCUGCUGGCCGUCCAGCUGCUGAUCUGCUACAGCUUGGCGGUGCUCUUCAUGCUGCUCUUCUACCAGUUCUGCCACCCCUGCAGACGCCUCUUCAAGUACAACGUGCACGACUGCCUGCACUGCAUCUGCUGCCAUACAGGACGUAGGGAAGCGGGAGGUCGACGAGGGAAGCUGCCACCCUCAUAUUCCACCGCUGCCACCAUGUUGCUGGUACAGGACGAGCCACUGGCGCUGCUGGACCCCCAAAACUCCCAACCCCUGGACCUCACCAGUCAGCUGGGAGAGCGGGAGACGGCUAUUGUUGAAGACAUGAUGCAAGCAGCCUGAGAAGGGCAUUAUUGGGAAUUAAAUUAACAAACUCUUAAGUUCUCUAAUGUAGAAAUGCAUCUCAGCUGGCGCUGCAGGCUGCACCACUGGAUGAGACCUCAAGUAUUUUAACACAAAAACCAGAAGUAGUUGUGUUUUUGAGUUAGCGGGGUGAUGUGUUGGAGAACAAACUUAUCUCUUUAGUGCACAGUACUUUACUAAUUCAUGGAUGUGAGAGGGAUUGGGGUUAACUCCUGAUGUCUUUAUCGAGAGUGAUUACAUUCACGUGGGCCAGACCGAGGCCCCAGCACACCAAAGAAUGUAACAUGUUGAGAUAUGCAGCGAUGCACAAAGGCCGCGUUGAGUGAGCAGCAGUGGGUCAUGAACGGGGCCGAGCCAGGUGUGCAGGAAACGUGCCAAGUGUGUCCGAUGUGUCCGAACGCCCCCACGUUUGCAUCUGCAUUUAACAGACACAACACCAAACAACAACAUGAGGGCUAGAUAAGUUCAGAAGAAGAAUUCAUCUUCCUCAUAUACAGCUACACACAUCUGCUAUCAUGAAUGCUUUGAGUUAACAGUCUGGUUUUACAAAAAUACACUAAAAUGUGUCAUAUGAUGAAAAUAUUCUGUUGAAAAAGAAUAUCAGAUGUGUGUCUUUUAAAAUAAAGCUUCCCCGUGAUGAUGCAUUAACCAGACUUCCAUUUUACUAAUGUGCUUUCACACUUUGCUCGUUUUUUAUGAUUUGUCUGGUCUGUUUGUUCAGUGCCUUGUUUUACUUACUUGAAUAAAAUAAUCUAACGUCAACACAUUC